UUAGUCCGCCCAGAAAGCAAUAACGGAGUGGAAUUAAUCCUCGUCUCGUGUACCCGACGUGAUCGGGAUCAUUGCCGGGUGUUGAUCGGACCUUCUGAAAUAAUGAAUUUUUGAAAAAUACUAUUUGCGAAUUGACUCGCUCGUUCGUACGAUUAUUUCAAAUGGAAUUUUAUCAUUCAAAUAUCGCACUUCAAACGGAAGUAUUUACAAGAAAGUUUGAAGACAACGCGGCUUGAAGCGAUCGCGCACGUUUGCCAUGUGAGCUUCGUGUCUGGUGCGAAUUGACGAUUAUUCAUGAGAAUAAACAAAUAAGAGUCAGUUGAAAUCCGAUAGAGACUCGCUUGUGGAAGUUGAAUAAUUUUUUGACAUGAAACCGAGCGCGGUAAUACUGUUGUUAGUGGUUUAUUCGUUUAGUCUGAUGAUAUCAUCGGAAGCGAAGCUUCAGCAACAGGCAACAGUAGCUGAUGAAAACGAGGACGACGACGACGAUGAUUGGGACGAGGACGACGACGAUGAGAAUGCUUACGGCAGACCGGAAGUCGACGAUGACGGUAGAAUUUACAAAAAUCCACGGAAUUCUCCUUCGGCCAUGUGCCCAAGAGACGAAGAAAGAGCCGGACUACUCGGGCAAAAGUGUCUGAGAAAAUGUUCAACCGACGAGGAUUGCAAGAGCAAGAAGAAAAAGUGCCGAUGCGACGGUGCCUGUGGAAUGUCAUGCAUCAAGCCGGAGCGCGAAUGUCCCGAAUUGGAGGAAAUCCACAACGGAAAAAUGACAUUUACCGGUAAAUUGUUCGGCGAUCGUGCUCACUACACCUGCGAUCCGGGUUACUACACGGUUGGUCUUACCGAAAGGAAUUGCCGAGCCGACGGGCAAUGGACGGGGACGACGCCAUCCUGCAAAAAUGAGCAAACUUCAUUUUGCUCGAGUCCUAUAAAAAUAAAUAAUGCAAAACACAACGCAUCCGUGGAUCAAACGUCCUUUGAUCUCGAUACAACUGUGCAAUACUUCUGUGACCACGGUUACCAAACGACCGGGACACCGACAGCCAAGUGUCUGAUGAUGGACAAAACCGCCAGUUGGUGGGGACCGGACAUCAAGUGUGAGCCAAGAAGCUGUGGAGCUCCGACGGACAUUCCCAACGGAUGGCACGCCGGUGAAUGUUACAUCUAUAAAUGCCGAGUAGCUUAUCACUGCGUGGACGGAUACGAGCUUGUUGGAAAAACCGAAAAAAUUUGCCUCGCCGAUGGUACCUGGUCACCCAAAGAACUUCCCCAGUGUGUGCAGGUCACAUCCGUUCAAUGUCCCCAACCGGAGAAUCCACAUCAUGGAAAAGCUGUUUAUACCUCAACCGCUUACAAUUCAAUAGUAUCGUACGAAUGCAACUACGGUUAUAGCUUAGUGGGUCAGGUGACACGUAGAUGCAGUGCGGAUCGUCAAUGGUCCGGUAAAGCUCCAACUUGCCAAGAAAUAAAUUGCGGCUCACCGGGAAUUUUAUACAACGGCUGGGUCGAGGAGAACGAGCCAGGCACUGGACUAGGGGUUAGUGUAAUCUUUCGAUGCAAAGAGCACAUGAAGAUGGAAGGGAACACGUCGUCGGUUUGUCAGGCAGACGGCAAGUGGCGUUAUCCGCUUCCGAAUUGCUGGGCGCCCUGCGUAGUUCCGCAAAUCGAAAAAGGCCGGAUAACAGUGGCGAGUCACUCGCGGGAUCACAUCAAUAACGUGACGGUUGUCGAACAUGGUGAAAAACUUUUAGUUUCCUGCAUUAAAAAUUACGAGUUCGCUGCGAAUAGUACACCGGUAGUUUGUAGAAACGGUACCUGGUCCAUAGUUCCCUCGUGUUCUCCUGCAAGGUGCAAGCAGAUGCCGAAGUCGCCGAAAAACGGGAUGGUCAUCGCACCGAAGACUGAUCAUGGGAUGAAGGCAGUUUUUAAGUGCAAAGAUGGAUUCAGUCUGGUUGGAGGUGGUCCAGACAAUUCUUCGACACACGUCGAGUGUCGGUACGGUAAUUGGACCGGUGAUAUUCCACAUUGUAUCGAAGUUUACUGUCCCUUUCCCGGUUAUAUUCAAAACGGUAAAGUUCUACUCGUGGGAAACAUGGGUGUAUACGACUAUCGUCCUUACGUCAAAAAGGUUCCGAACAACAAACAAAUAAUGUACGACUGUGACAAGGGCUACGUGCUGAGCGAGGGGCCACCGGGUGCAACUUGUAUCGGUGGUAAAUGGAGCCCCAAAGAACUUCCAGCUUGUCUUCCAGGUCAACAUCCCCGACUGAGAUGGAGUCGGCGACGUAGAUCCAUCGAUGAUACAAGUGCGAGUAAUUCAACGACGGGUUACAAAAAGUUCAUUGAGUUUUUCCGGAGAAUAGGCAAAAAAUUGCUGCACCUAGAGUUCAACAAGGCUCGUGGGGCCGGUGGAAAACGAAAUUCCAGGCUGACGGCUGAGCCCAACAACUCGUCAACUAAUUCACCCGACAAUUCGACCGAUUCGAAAUCUCCGACGAACCACAAUGCUGUGGAUGUGAAAAUUGAUGAGGAGUUGAAAAUAGCAGCGAGCAAUAACUCGGUCGAGUCAAUCAUACGGAAAAAGCCAAACGGCCAUAAAAACAAAUCACGAUCGAAGGACGAACGAAUGAUCGACUUUUUGCGAAUCGUUUAUCGCAAGCUCCGUCGAAUAGAUUCAAGGCGGGAUAACAACGGUACGAAUACGAGCAUGCACGAGCUCUUGAACCUGAUGAGUCAAAAUUUCUUCAACGUUAAUCUUGCGGAGAAUAGAAAGAGCAAUUCGAGUCACGGUCACCAGAGCGUCGAGGUUAAGAAUCAGCGGGAGUUUACCAAGCUGAAGAGAGAGUUUGAGAGGAUAAUGAAGUUCUACAACAAAUCAUUGCGAUGGAGCGAGAAGCACAGUCGGAGAGAGUCGAAGAGGAGAAAGAACGAUGCUCACGGUGACAAGAAGAUGAGAACAGCCAAAGACAAAAAGAAGAAACGCAACAGAACCAAGAGCUAUUACAAGGGAUUCUACGAGUUUAUCAAUGGUUACGUGAACGAAAAGUUGUCAAUACUCGAGACGCAAAAUGGCACGGACGAGCUCAUGCGAAGAAUGAACAUCGAUCAGUUCACCGUGAGAAACGGCACGACAUUCACGAUCGGUGAGAUAUACGCAUUUUUCAAACAUAUCAUAGAAAAUAAAUUGAAUAUUGUGGAUGGAGCUGUCGAGAGUGCCACGACAACUGGUAGCACGAUCGAAUCGAAGGAUAUUGUUGCACCGAUUGAUAAUCAAACAUCGAGUACAACCCGGGCGACUGUCACGUUAAUAUCAACCAGCGGAGAGUCUGCUUUAGGAAAUGAGAUACCGACGAUAGGAACGAAUGACGACCAGCAGCAGCAGCAGCAGCAGCAGCAUGAAGUGAAGAAACAUCGUACAAAGCGAAUACGAAAUGCAGUGGAGGAAACGACCGUCGCUUAUCAGAAUAGGAAAUUGCUUUCGGUUCAUUCACCCUUGAGCAAUAUACGGCCCAAAUCCACAGUGGCACACAUCUAUCAAGGUAACAGCCUCGAGGCUAAAUCGAAGCAAUUUACUUUGAAUGGACUGGAGGCUCAGCAGCAGAGUCGCUCAAAGAGAUUUCUCGCAGCGUCUGAGCUAGAUAAUCAAAUAAUACUCAAAAAUCUCUAUCUCAACGCGUACGAGGAUGAGUACAGGGCAAACGUAAGACGUUCAAUAUCGCAAAACAAUCGUGCCAAUUGGACCGCACUGAGGCGGCGCAAAGGCAAUCUUGAUCAUUACGAAAUUAAAUAAUUCAUUAACUAUUAAUAUGGUAUUUGUGAUAUUACGACGAUGAUGAUGAUGAUGAUGAUGACGAUGAUAAUGUUCACGGUGCGGAUGAUCAUAGGAGAAAACACACACCCACACGCGAGCACACGCAAAACAUAUUCACACGACACACAUACAUUAACUUACGAAACAAACUACAACAACCGACAAGAAAACAUAAACAAAUUUAUUAAGCCAUUUACCAAUUACCAAACGAUUUUAGGUGAGUAUACACAACAUUAUAUUAUACAAUAGUUGAUGGUGUUAAUCCUUCCACCUUAAAUCUCCAUACAUUAUUCUAAUGUGUAUUACGCUUUUUGAAAAAAUAAAAAUAAACGAAAAAAAAGUCUUUUUCAUGCCAAUAUCAAUAGCGUGUCAUAUCUGUUGGUGUAUAUAUCCUGUGAUAAAUUUUUCUGUUGAUAACUAAUAGUAUUAAAGGACUGAAACUGUAUUUAAAGUAUGAUUGAAAAUAAAAAGAAUCCUGGUUUUUCCUGAA